UGAAGUUUUGAUUUUUCCGUAAAAAACCCUAGCGUGAGUCAAGGUGACACCCAUUCAUGUCAACUCGUCAAAAUUCCCGUAUGUAUUUAAAACCCCCAUCAUGAAUCGCCUUGUUUCGCUCCCAACCAAACGUUUCUUGUCACAUUUCAUCCGUGCAUCCAAAAUUUCGAAACCAACCUCAUUCAAAACCGAAAAACGCCACAUCCAAUCAUGCAGCCAAAACUACCGGAUGCCGAAAACCCCGGACCUUAUCUACGUCCCUCACGUGUUCCGUUGGGUGAAGUCAAAGCUGCGCUUCAAAUACUUGAAGAAAAUUUGGGACCCGGAAUUCUCGGAGGGCGCCUUCAUCUACGGCUCGACGAAAGCCGUGUGCAAAAUAACCGAAAUUAUCAGCAGCGGCAGACUGGACGAGCUUGACGGUCUGAUGACCGUCUCUGCGAAAAUCCGUCUGCAGGACGACGUCACCUACCGCCUGAACCCCACCCAGAGGAACCUAAUCCUGCUCAAGCCCGAAGACAUCAAAAUUCUAAUUCCGAUCACUGUCACCCUCGCCAAGGAGGGCGCAGGGCGGAUGUGCAGAGUCAAUUUGCGAAUUCUGGGAUUGAAAUGGCAUGAAGUAACGAGUGACAAUUAUAAAUUGGUUUUGGUGGCGUUGCAGACGGAAUUCUCGAGAGAUUAUAGCGAGGAAGCGACGCCCGAAUGGAUUAUAAGCGGGUUCUCGAUUUUGGAAUGUGCAAUGUUAACGGAAGCGACCGCAACGAGGUGAUGAGACCCACCUGGGCGAUGAUAUUGAGUGAUAUGGCACUUCCGUAUUGUGACCGAUGAGCUCUUGGUUGUUUUCGACGAUACCCCAUGGCGCUAUGCCCAAGGUGUUCACCCUUCCGGUCCGCUGCGAGCGCUCGAGGAGCAGGGCGUCGCCGAUGUGCUUUGUGACUCCUGGGAAGAAGUAAUUAAGCAACACAAGUGUUAAUUAAAUAUACCUCAUUAAAAGUG